AUGGCUUUGGAGCUCAAUUUGAAACUAGGCCUUGUCUCAAUUUUAGUUUUGGGGAUGUGGGCUUGCCAAGCCACAUCUCGCAUCCUACCCGGGGCGUCUAUGGGUGAAAGGCAUGAGCAGUGGAUGGCUCGCUAUGGACGCGUGUACAAGGACGAUGGAGAGAAGGAAAGACGACUCAAGAUAUUCAAGGCCAAUGCCGACUUCAUAGAAUCUUUCAACAGUGCUGGGAGUCGGCCUUAUAAGCUGGCCAUCAAUGAAUUUGCUGACCUAACUAGUGAAGAGUUUCGAGCCUCUCGUAAUGGAUACAAAAAGUCUACCCAUCCAAAGCCAUCUAGAACAGCUGCGUUCAGGUAUGAAAAUGUGACUGGAGUUCCAUCUAGCAUGGAUUGGAGAAAGAAAGGUGCAGUGACUGCCAUCAAGGACCAAGGUCAAUGUGGAUGUUGCUGGGCGUUCUCAGCAGUCGCUGCAAUGGAAGGAAUUCACCAGCUCAAAACAGGUCACUUGACCUCACUAUCAGAGCAAGAACUGGUGGACUGUGACACGAGUGGUGAAGAUCAAGGCUGCGAGGGGGGUCUCAUGGAUGACGCCUUCGAAUUCAUAAUCGACAACAAGGGCCUCACCACGGAAACAGAUUACGCUUACCAGGGAGUUGAUGGAACUUGCAACUCCAAAAAGGCAGCCUCUCAUGCCGCCACAAUCAAAGGUUACGAAGAUGUGCCGUCAGAUAGCGAGUCAGCACUGUUGAAGGCCGUGGCCAAUCAGCCAGUGUCGGUAGCCAUUGAUGCCAGCGGAUCCGCGUUCCAGUUCUACUCCAGUGGCGUUUUCACAGGAGACUGUGGCACUGAGUUAGACCACGGCGUCACGGCAGUUGGGUACGGAGCAACGGAUGAUGGCACCAAGUACUGGUUGGUGAAGAAUUCAUGGGGGAGCAGCUGGGGUGAGGACGGAUACAUAAGGAUGGAAAGAGACAUUGAUGCCAAGGAAGGCCUCUGCGGCAUUGCCAUGCAGGCUUCCUAUCCAACUGCCUAA